AUGUCUCCCACGCACACGACGCAUUCCACGCAUCCAUCCAUCCAUCCCAUCCAUCCGCGCAAAUCAACCAACCAAACACCCGAAUCUCUUGUCUUUGCCAGACUGGCACCUCUUCAUCCGUUUGUCAGCUCCAUUCUUCGCCUCCCCCCUCCACCUUUCCAGUCUUUCCAACCCAUCACAAAUCGAGAUCUGAGAUCCCAAUUGCUGGCUGUCAUCGUCUUGUCCCACCGUUUCCCACUUUUCGCCAUCACGGCCGCAACCAUCUCCCGCUGUGCCAAACUUCCAAGACAUAUCGACGCCGUUGAUGUUCCAACUCCACACUUUUGCAGUUUCGCCCCCGGCCUCACUGCGGCAUUCAUCCCAAGCCCAGCUUUACAUGCAAAAGAUGGGUACCCUUUGGUCUGA